UAUUAUUAUAAUAUUUAUAUGUAAUUAAUUUUAUCAUUUGUCAAUCAUCGUACGUUGAUACUUGAUACUCGAUAUUCGUUCGUGCGGUUUGUUAAUUGUUUAUUUUUGUGAUUUAUGAUGCGAAAUGUUAAUUGCGACUUAAGUCUCAACUGAUACUUUUAAACUUGAUAAAUUUUUUGUUAAUUCGUUGUGAUUUAACUACUUACGUCUUGGUCACUGUCAACGAAACGAUGGGUCGCAGUAUAGUAUGGAAACAUUUUACGAAAAAUAAUGGUACAGCCACUUGUCAAUUAUGCCAGAAAACAUUAAAAAUAAGUGGUAAGUAAUUUUCUUGUUUACUAAUAUUUUAUAAUAUAACGAUAAUCAAGGAAAAAUGUAUAAUAAAAAAAUAUUAUUUAUUUUUUUACAAUUGUUUGAUUCCCAUACAAUUAAUUUAAAAUAUUUUUUUACAAUAUACAUUUAUUUUAUAUUUUUUAACAGCUUUAUAAUACCAAGUACCAACUCAUAUUAAAUAAGUAUAUCAUAUAACAAAUUAUGUAUUGUAAUUGUUAUAACUAACUUAAUAGUAAUGGGUAACUGUAAUUUUAUUUUCAGGCAACACAAGUACUUUAAGUGGACAUCUCACUAGUAAACACAGUAGUGUUAUGGUUUCAAAAGCCAAGUUAACAGCUACACUGAGGCAAGAGUUGGAAACUUCAGAUGUUGAUGAUCCAUCUCUAAUAUUGCCCAUAUUAUCGAAAGCUUCAACUUCAAAUAUGUAUGUCAUUUGCAGCUUCUACAUCUCAUAGUUCUAAUAUACCAUCUAUAUACUAAUUUGAUACGUGCCAUCCAUUGUGCCAGAAGGACAGCGGCCGAUAAUUUAAGUCGGUGUACAGUAAUUUCUUUCAUGGGAGCCAUUUUGGUUUUGGAACCAAGUAGAGAGGUGACGAAAGGACCAUUUGGAAGGCUCAAUUGGAGAUAGACAACGGCUGCGUACCCUCGCUCCGAUACAUUGUAAAAGCCACAUAGUUGAACGCGAGAACGGGCAUUCGUGGCCAAAAACCGCGGAAUCUUGACGCUGGUCAAUGUAUGGAGACCUUGAACCCAUGUUUUCCAAUCCUCGACUAGCUCGAGUGGAAGUGACUCAUCCCACACUAAAUUUGCCUUUCAAAUUCUCUAUAAUAUAUGCUUGGCAUAAAAGAUUACCGGAGCGAUGAAACCAAUCGGGUUAAAUAUUCUCGCGACUGUCGAGAGGACUGCGCGUUUACUGAUUUUAUCACACGAGAAGAAGACCUCAAAACCAAAGGUGUCGUCACAAGAGUUCCAGUUUAAACCAAGAAAUUUGACUAACCUCAUCUCGGUGUCGUCGAAAUCCACAACAUUUUGAGCUCGAUCUUCUGGCGGAAUGGAAGCCAGAAUCUGUGGAGCAUUGCUGGACCAUUUUUUAAAUUUAAACUUGGCGGCGCCUAGAACGGUUUCUACACCUGAUUUUAGAUUUAAUAAUUGUUCUAUGUUGUCAGCUCUUACACAAAUAUCAUCAACGUAAGUUUGAUGUGUGAACGCAUGUUUGACACCUGAUGAUCCUUCACAACAAUUGUCGGCAGUAUUUUUUAACACUCGUAGCACAAGGUAAGAAGCACAGGUUAAGGCAUAUGUAACUGUGUUCAGUUUGUACUCCUUAAGUUCGUCCAACGGUGAAGCACGCGUAUUUGCCGAUAUAUUUUACAGACAUCGGCUGUGAAAGUAAAACGAUGUACUCGGAAUCGGAACAGGACAUCAACUAUUUCUUGCUAAGGUUUCGGUCCGGUAUAGAGACAUUCAUUUAAAGACCGAUUGGAUGACGUAGUGGCGGAAGCGUCGAAUACUACCCGAAUUUUACUGGUUGUCGCAUUACAUUUGAAAACGGGAUGGUGAGAUAUGAAAUAAAUGCCAGGACUGGGAGCGAUAGACAUAUGCCUCAGUGAUUCAUUAUCGCUCAUAAAGACUAAAUAAACCUUCUUCAGAGCUAGGUCCGCCUGGAGUUUUCUUUCCAAACUCUGGAAACGACGCAUAGCCACCUGUCGGGCUCCAGGAAAUCGUUCUUGCUCGUAAGCGUCAAUAAACGGCAAAGGGUCUGCGAAUCGGCCACAUUCUUCCCGCACGCGUUCGGCUACAUAAAUUGUUUCACAUUUGCCCUCCUCAGUGAAAGUUACUGGAGCGGGAUCAGGCUCUUCGAGCCGCCAAAACUGUUCAACCAUACUCUCAAGCGACACUGUGAGGGCCACUACGUUUGAAUGGAUUUUAUCGGGGUCGUGGUCCGGAACAGGUCCGAUCAAAAUCCAUCCGAAAAGAGAGCCGAAUGGAGCUGUAGGUAGUGAAGAAUCCACGAUUACCUGCUUUCGAUCUAAAAUCUGUUAAUACAUAUCAGCCCCUAGCAACAGCUCAAUCGGCGCCGGAUGAUCGAAGCUAGGAUCUGCCAAAGCCAGAUGAAAAAUUUACUUUUGCCACUAGCAGGCAAAUGACGGGAUGGCAUGUUUACUGGUUAUCGUAGGAAGGACCCAUGGUGUCACUUAGAUUUUGCUAUCGUCAUUAUAUCGUGUACGGUACAUCUCACCAUGCCAUUUACUUUGGGAACCUGCAUACCAGACAGACUCGUAAGAGGAGUUGUCCACUUCGAGCGUCUCAGACCUAAGCGGUCAGCAUACGCUGACGAUAUAACGCUGAUCUGGGAAGCCGAAUCGAUUAGAGCGCGGACUGGUUGAGCAUAACCACCGCAAUUGCGAAUAUGGACAAUUUCGGUUCCGAGUAAUACUGUAGGCCGCUCCAGUGAACCAACUAAAAACGCGUCAGGUGUGGGAGACGUCUUUCGUGAUGCUUCAGAAUUCCCGAUGCAAAAGGAUAUGAUGAUGACCUUUACACGGUUUGGCGGUACAACGAUUCGACCAAUGAGUGGAGUUCAAACACCGUAAACAUAUCUUGCGGUCCUUAGCAGCUUGACAUCUGUUGUCUAAGGACAUUGCGGCGAACUCAGUACAACUAGCAGUAGGAUGAUCUCCGGAGCAAACAAAACAUUUUGACGCGGGCGUUACUGGAGCUUUUGAGGACAACAAGGCAACUUUAGAUUUUUUCUGCUCGGACCGUUGGACAGGAUUCUUUUUAUCCCGAUUUAGGUUAAACCCUCGUGUGUUGUUAGAUAAGGUGACGGUUAAGGUGACCUUAACCAAAACGACCUAACAACAUCAAUGGACAACAACGGAAACUAAAACGUGACUUUGGCACCGAACACAAUAAUGUACACAAGCGACAGACCACGACUGUACGGCGAAGGUCGCACACACACACACUGGUUGAAUGGGUGAGCGGUACCGGUUCACGCGACGACAAUGCUCCCGGAAAAACAGUGAUGCGAGACGACCUGUCCGAUAACGCUGGUGGAUACCGGUGAUAACGAUGCGCGAACACACAAGUUAUCCUCAAAUUAAAAAGAAAUUAAAAAAAUUGCAAAAACAGUGACGUAGUAAAAAGAUUCAAAACUAGGAAGGAUCCAUAAGUAAUAUUUUGCGGAGUAUCAGUAUGAUUAUCAAAUUCCAAAAAGGAAUACAAAUAUUUUUCAUCGUUCCUAUCAACACUAAAAAAGUAACACUACCUAGGCUAAUAUUGUUUUUACAAAACCAACAUAUAACCAACAAAUAAUUUCAAUGACUUGUUUGUCUUGUUUAUGUGGUUUUGAAUCUCAUUUAAUGACUGGUUCAAUUAAAUUUUAUUUUUGAAUAAUGUCACAUAAUUCUAACCACCCUUAUUCUCAAAAAAUAUCAUUAUUUAAUUCAAUAUUUUUUAACUUAUUCCAUUAAAUAAUCAUAAUUAUCAACACGAACUCAAUAUGAUCAAUAAUAAGAAAUAGAAAUAAUUUCAAUUUAAAUACCUACUAUUAAAUAAAAUUCAUAAACGUAUUAAAGAAAAAAUAAUACUCAACUCACCAAAUAAUGUUAACUAUUGUAGUAUGAAAUAUCAAAAUAAUAUUACUAACAAAUUCUCUAAAAUCCUGAACAAUAAUACAAAUUAUGUAAAAAUUACUUUUAAGACUAAUAAUAAUUUAAUCAAACAUAUAAUCAAUAGAACUAAAAACUUAAGAAAAAAUCACCCAUCUUUUGAAAAUGCUGAUUAUAUUAUAUUAACUUAAAUGUAACUAAAUUGUAUAUAGGUAAGACGAAUAGAAAUUCUAAAAUAAGGUAUAAAGAUCACAUUUCUGAAAUAAAAUUUAAAAAGAUUGCCCCUAAUUCAAAUUGCACAAAACAUGUUUUAGAAAAUAACCAUAAUAUAAGCUUUGAUAUUAAUACAGAGUUAGGGAUAUUAAAUACCCAAAAGAACAUUUACAUUAAUUUAAUUUUGGAAGAAUUACAUAUACACUAAUAUAAUGAAAUAAAGAAAAAUAAUUUUAAUAAUAUUUAAAAUGUACAAACCGAUUUUAAAAACAAUAUCUUAUAUCAAUACAUUUUAGAUAAUAAAUAAUAACCAAAUAAUUUAUAUUUUUUAACAUAUCUAUGUCUAAUAAUAACCCAUUCAAAAUAAUCUACCAAAAUUUAAUUAUUUCUAUGUAAAAUGACCAAUGUGUAUAAUUUUUUUUUUUCUAUCUAUUCCUUCAUUUAAUUUUUUAUAUUCAGUCA